UGCAGCGGCGGGGGGCAGGAGGGCAGCGCUCGGGGAAGCCCGGUGCCCCCCGUGCCCUGGGAGGGGUGACGGAGCGAGAAGGCAGCGGCUCGGGGGCAGACCCUGCAGAGGGGAGCCGCAGCCCUGGGAGAGGGGUGAGUGCCCCCCGAAACCCGGCUGCAUCAGCCAGCCCCGUGGGGCAGCUGGAGGGUCUCUAGCGCCACCGGGGCAGGACAGCGGGGGCCGCGCUUCUGCCGGGAAGUGCCGCUGGAAGCGGGGCUCCCUUGUCCGGGAGCCGGAGCACCCGGGAUGCUCGGGCUGCGAUGCUGCGUGCCAGCGGCGGCGGGGAGGGAUGCAGGAGCCUUUGUAGGGAGAGCGGCGCCGAGCGGAGCCGCUGCCGAGGAGCUGAGCAGGCCCCUGGUGCUGAUGUUGUCAUCUGUGUCUCGGUUGUGUAUUAUUUCCAGCUGAUUGGUAAAGAUGGAAAGAGGGAGAGGAGGAGGAGGAGGAGGAAGGAACCUGGGAGGCUCUGGCCUGCAGAGGAACAUUUAUUCCCAGUCCCAGCAGCAGUACCACUACCCGGCCUCCUCCCAGGGGAGCUGCAUGGAGAUCCAGGAGCUGGCCUCCAAGAGGGUGGACAUCCAGAAGAAGCGCUUUUAUCUGGAUGUGAAACAGAGCUCCCGCGGCCGCUUCCUGAAGAUCGCCGAGGUCUGGAUAGGAAGGGGCAGGCAGGACAACAUCAGGAAGAGCAAGCUGACCCUCUCCUUGUCCGUGGCCGCCGAGCUGAAGGACUGCCUGGGGGACUUCAUCGAGCACUACGCCCACCUGGGCCUGAAGGGCGGCCAUGGGCACCGGCACGAGCACAGCAACGACAAGGAGCAGCAUCCCCGGAGGCGGCCACAGCACCCGCCACCCUCGCCCCCGGCGUCCGUGGGCUCCGAAGAGCCCCCUCACAGCGUCCUCAAGACGGAGUACAUCGAGAGGGACAACAGGAAGUACUACAUGGAUCUGAAGGAGAACCAGCGCGGGCGCUUCCUGCGGAUUCGGCAGACCAUGAGCAGGGGACCUGGCAUGAUGGGCUACUUCGGGCACAGCCUGGGACAGGAGCAGACGAUCGUCCUGCCGGCGCAAGGGAUGAUUGAGUUCAGGGAUGCUUUGGUGCAGCUGAUCGAAGAGUACGGCGAGGGGGACGUAGAGGAUCGCCGGGGGGCAGGUGAGGAGCCCCCGGAGCUCCCCGAGGGCACCUCCUUCCGAGUGGACAACAAGCGCUUCUACUUUGACGUGGGAUCCAACAGGUACGGCAUCUUCCUGAAGGUAAGUGAGGUGAGGCCGCCCUACCGUAACACCAUCACAGUUCCCUACAAAGCGUGGACACGGUUCGGGGAAAAUUUUAUCAAGUACGAAGAAGAGAUGAGGAGGAUUUACAACAGCCAUAAAGAGAAAAGAAUGGAUGCCAGAGGGGACAGUGGUGAAGAGCAAGAGGGUCUGGAAUAGAGUGCAUUGGACGAUUAACCAAACAAAGCAAGCAGAAAUUGGUGAGAGGGACUGACCUAUAGUAAUUCCAAGUUGCCCCAGUUUUUUGUAAAGUCCUUUUCUGGUAGUUCUUGCUAACUCCGGUACAUAAUGUUAUAGGAGUCUGGUUAUCACGUUAAACUAUGCCCAAAACAUCUCCGUGUGUCUUAGGAAAGGACCAACCUCCCGAGUCCGUAUGAGUCAGCUGCUUCGAGUGUUGGAGACUGUGGAAGUACGAGUAUCAGCACAAACAAAAUCCGGCACCCUGACCUUUAAAUAGUCUAGAAAAGGCUUGUGUUGCACUUAAGCAGGAUACAAAAGUACCCCCGCCCUGAACCUUACCAUGAAAUGUAUCAGUUUCUGCUUAUCCCCAGCUUUUCAGGACUGGCUUCUGCCCGUGCCCGGCCCAAAGGCCGAGCAGCAUUGCUGUAGAGCGUUUAUGGCAAAAAUCAGCUCCGCGUGAAUCUCUGGUCUGUGUGUGAGGAGGGAGAGAGGUUUGAAAGUUGGCAUCUCCUGGUUAUUGAGUUGCAAACGAUAGUCUGUUCAUGGGUAAAGUCUCGAUAACCCACCAGACCUCAGUCACGUGCCAGUGAAGGGCGGAAGAUCCCUUGUUCAUUCGCUAGUUUUGUGCUGACCAGAUCACCUGAGUGUCCCAGGACAGCGGGGUGCUCAGCCUUCUGAAUUAAUGGCAGUGAAUGACAACCCACUCCUCAUCUCCGUGUUCUGCCCAUUAGAGGCUGGUGAUCUUUUUUUUUUUUUUGGUUUUUAAUGCAUUUUGUCCAAAAUUUCAGAAGGUAUUUUUGUAUUAGGCGUUCCAGCAGGCGGGUGUUGGGAGGUGGAAGGAAUGCCGUGACCGAGGCUCCAGGCUCCUCUCCCAGAGGAACGCGGUUCGGGAUGUUACCUGUGCGAGGAAAGCGUCGGGGUGUUUUCCUCCUCCUGCCGUGGGGAGGGCCUUUGGGGUGUUGGGUGCGCCACUGGAUUCGUGUAGAAAGGCAUCUCUGUCACGCUCGCCCGUGGCGCGUUUCGGGAGCUGUGGUGGAUGCCCCUGUGGGUUUUCUGUUGUGCUGAUUGUGGGCGGCGUUGGGGAGACAACAUCCGUGCCCUGCCAUCGCCCCCUUCCCCCCCAGCUCGGAGCUGGAGCCGUCCUGGAGCAGCUCCAGUCCCGAUCUUGCCCGCCUGCCCCAAGGUUUCCGUGUCAUCCUGGAGUCUUUGUGAUGUAAAUUUUAAAUCUCGUGAUAUUAACUCUCUGCCUGGAGGGAGAAUGUAUGCAAUUACCUGGUUGGGAGGUUGGUGAAAAAUUCUGUGUUUCUUAAAAUGUGAAUAUUUAUAGCAUAAGGGGCUUGUCCAGCCUUUGGGCGACCAGCUCCUUCCCCCUGAAGCAGCGGGAGUUCGAUUGAGCUCCAGGUUCUUCUGGUAGCACGUUGCUCACCUUUAAGAUUGUUUUAAGCAGGCAUUACCAUGUCUGAUGAGAUAUUUGUAAUCGCUCAAAUUGUUUCAUUACACAGUGGCCUAGUGUGCAUGUGGACCAGCUAUUUUUCCCUACAACCAUGACCUGUUUUAUUUUUUAACCUUUUGAGAAACAUCUUUAUCUCCAACCAGACUGUUCACCACUCCGAGUCUGGAGCCACCUGCACACUGCAUGGCCACGCUCAAUCUGAAUGCUGUUGCCUGUUAAUGUCAUAAUGAGAAAGGUUGGGGAGACAGGGUUGGGAACCAAGAGGAUAAUCCGGAUUUUAGUUUGGGUACUAAAACUAGUCAAUCUGUUUUAACUUAAAAAAAAAAAGAAAAAAAAAAGAAAAAAAAAUAACAGCUUGCACCAAAGUCACCAAAGAACCUUUAGGAAAAUGUUACAGUUGUGACAAGAAGUAAGAAAGUUAAUUUCACUGUUUUAGGUGAUUCCCCCUUUAAAACCACAUAUAGCAGUUACAGCAACCAAGCCUUUGGCUUAGUGUCAAAACCUCCCAUCCCUUUCUCCAUAGGCUGCUCUUUCAGGUCCCUUUUCAAACCUGGAAGAGAUGUUCUCGCUCCAUCACUCGAACAGCCAGUGGACCGUGAUGAACCAGCGGGCGUUGGGCGGGGUCUUGGUUCAUCUUCGCUCUCACGGCUUUCGUCCUAAUGGUUUUAACAGGUCAAUUAAAAAAAAAAACAAACCACAAAACCCCACGUUAAAAGAACUCUACAUCCUGUUACGGUGUGAAACCAGAAUUUAGUGAAUGAGUCGUUGUUGCGUACGUUAGCGUAUCGCUGACUGCUGCUGCCCGUCACAGUGCCUGAGGUAAAAAAUUCACUUCUAGUCCAACAAACCGGAGCUAUGAAUGUACGAACUUUUUACGCUCUCCUUCCCGUUUCUGUGUGUGCUCGGCAUCUCCCAUCCCUGCCCGCCUUUGCCUCAAGGGAUCGUAAAAGCUCCUCGGAGUUGGAAUUAGCCUGAGUGGCCGCGUGUGUUUUAAGUGCUCAUGCCUUCCCUGUGUUCCUGUAGUCUUGGUGAGGAAAUUACUCGUGAUUGGAAAGGGAUGUUUUCUUCACCGUUUUAAAAGAUGCAAAAAAGGAUGCAAAAUUGCUUUCCUUAUUACUACCCGUUUUUAAAAAAACCCUGUAUCUUUUGUUAAUGAAUUGGCCUUCCAAUGCCGUUAGUUUGUCGUUAAUGCCACCCAGGAAUCCAGCGAUGGCUGGCUACCAGGCCAGCUUGGGUUCCGGCAUGCAGGUAUCCCAUAGGACCUGCUGAUGCAUUUAUUCCCCUGGCACGGGAUGCACCUUAGUAUCCAAACCUGGAUCAGGAUCUUCACGUUCAUUGCCGAUCACUCGUGGCUAGACCAGCUAUGGGUUUCCAUCUCGACGGAAAGCACCGGUGCUGGGCUGGAGGAGGACGGCUUUCCACGCGAUGGGAAGCGGAUGUUGGGCUGGAGGGUAGUAGGGAUGCACUCGGAGUGUAGCAAUGCAAGACUUGAACGGUGAGAUUCGGAAACGGGUUCCUUUGUAUUUUUGGCAGCGCGUCUUCAGCUUCCCAGAGCAGCGACCACGCGGGCUGCUGGUGCCCGGGAGGGCCCAGCGAGAUGCUCGGGAAUGCUGAUUCCCUGAUGUGUUUUAAAUGUUUGUUCCUGACGCCCUGAAACUGCCAUGUCCCUUAAACUUGAGAAAACACAAGCUUAUUUGCACUAGAAAGAACGGCCAAAAACAAUCCUUAGGAGGACAGGGUGAAGAGCACCGGUCUGAACCUCUUUUUCUCAUGAGAGAAUUUCCUAUUCAAGCCCUCACCUCUGUUUCGAAAUUGUAUGGUCCCGGCAGAAAGUCUGUCAGUUGAAUUACUAAAUCCUAAUGCACUUUAUAUUGUGUAAAUAAUGCUAGGAGCACAUUUCUGCUCCCGCUCCGGUAAGGGGAUGCUUUGGUAACGCAGUCUAAUGCCGAGAGAAGCCGUCUCCUGCAUGCACGUGUCUGUUAGAGACCUGUUGAUCCUGCUUGGUCCAGCUCCACUCGUAUGUUAGAGGCGCACGGGCGCUGCAUUGAGGAUCCUCUCAAACCACCAAGAGUGGGAUGAUGAUUUGGUUUUUACUAUUGCAAUGUGCAGAGCUGCUGAGCGUCCUCAGCUCCGCCGUCGCAGCGGCUCCUCGCCCCUGCUGCAAACCGGGCCCCCCCUGUUGCUGUCGAGGCUUAAAGCUGAGCUUUGUGCCGGUAGCCUUGACAAAGCCAGGUCCAGCAGCUGCCUCGAACCCGGCUUUCCCCGCUGCUGGCGCAAAAGGCGGGGUGGUGCCUGAAAAGCUUGUCCCAGAUGGAAGGGGCUGGGGGGCUUGAUGUUGUGUUGGGUCCGGCCCACAGAGCCGGCUUUCCUGGUAAAGUACAGAGCUGUGGAAGGGUUGGGAAACGUUUUGCACUGGUGUGGAGAGGGCGCUGCAGGGGGACGGCGAAAGCCCUGGCGGGCUCCCUGCAUGCAGCCUGGGUGGACGGUGACUUUACCCAGCGAGAAGCUGCAGCGGUUAUUGGUAUCUACUCGUCGUCGUAAGUGUUUCUUAUCUGUAUCCGAUAUAUACCGAUUCAUAUCCACGUAUAGGCAUUACUAUAUUUAUGUGAGUAUAUUGUAGCCUGUAGUAGCUCGUAGCGAAAUAACCUUAUUUAUCUGAAGUGCAGUCUGAGGAGGGGACGUCUGCUCCCGCCACCGGUCUGGAUAAACGUGUUAUUCCACCCAGGGCUGGGUGUGAGCUCCUGCCCGCAGCCCUCGUAGGAAUCCCACAGGUUUUCAGCAAGGCUGCGAGGGCAAGCGUAGCUAAAAGGAGGCAAAGCUCUUCCUUGGAGGCGUCGUUGAGGCGAGGUGAGGGCUGUAAAGAGGCAGCUGCCGGCCACGUCAUGUCUCCGUGCCAUUUUACAACCCCUGGCUCUGCAAAUCUGUACUGCCAUGUUCAUAAAAUCCCAAGCAGAAGUAUUAUAAUCACGUCCUUUAUACAAAAAAGAACCCUCGAGCAAUUACCAAAAUCAAUGUCAGCACUUUUUUUUUCAGCUACAGAUGUCCUAGUCUGAUAAUUGCAUCAUUUUUUUCCCCUAUGGCCUAUUGAAGUGACCUAAACUCCCAGGGAAGGGAGCUGGUAGUGGUUAGGAAGCCUUCUGCUUGCGUGACUUGCAGUCCUGUUUUCCAAUUCUAGUAAUUUUUAUAGUAGAAAGGAGUUUAUUAUUGUGUAUUUUUACUGGGCAGAUUUUGCACCGGGUCAAAAUUAUAUAAUAAGCCUUUUCAGUUUCAUGGCAUUCCCACUUUUGCUGUACAUACACUAGAUAUAUGCGAUCUAUGAAAGAAUUCCUGAAGAAAAUUAGACCUUCUGUUUAAUUUUCUAUGCUGCUUACUCCAAAAUUAAGUUGCCCUUUAUUUUUAAUUACUUAACAUGUUGUGAUGUCUAAAAUUCACCUUUCCCCUCCUGCCCCUCCAUUCCUUUCAAGUAAAGGUUGUGUUUGAAAUUAAGAGUUUAUUCAAGAAGGAGUGAAAUUAAAGGCCACACCAUAAGCUACACCCAAGUGAGGCCUUUGCCAAAAUGUAUUGUUUUGGGGUGAUCUGGUCUUGCCUGAAAAUGGCCAAAUGCUGUCAUGGCCACAGGAAAAGAGCCCCAGCUAGGGGACAAGGUGCUUCUGGAUUUGGGGGAUUUGGAAAAAGCUAAAGUCAGAUCUUUUGCUGUUCUGUUCCUCCAAAACCUGCGGAAGCCUUCAUUGGCUGACAUCAAUUUUUCUUCCUAAUAUUUUGUCAGCCUGUGUUCAGUUCCCCACCUGCACCUCAAUAAAGGCAACAGUAUAUAUAAAGCAUCGAGGUGAAGUAAAAUAUCAAGAACUCCUGAUAGAUGACAUGGAUUAAAAAUUGGUUUUCCAGAAAUGUCAGAGCGUAAAUUGAGGUUUUAUAAGCCGGAUGUCGUUUUGGCAUUUCUGUGAUGGAUGUAAUUAGAUCGCUCCUUCCCCGUGUGGAGGGAGGCGUCACAUGGAGCCCAAACCCGCAGCCUCGGGGCUCUCUGGUGUGCACCAGCUUCUGGAGAGGUGCACAGAAGCCUGCUGGCUUCUCAUGUGUGGUGGAUGUGGUUGUGUUCCUACCGGCCUAGCCUCCAGGGGCCUGGCUGCCCCCCCCAGUAAAACCGUCAUUAACGGCUUGCUAAUUCAUCUUCUUAAUUGCCAGGCUGCACAGAAAUGCUUGGAGUGGCACAUGGAAAUUGCUAGCUCUGCACAGAGCCGAAACUUAAAAAGGCAUAUUCCAUCUUUUUGGGGUUUUAGACCCAUCCAGCACAGCAGUGUUGGACUGGGAGGGGUAACAGCUCCUGCCCCAGAGGUGUUGGUUGGACACGCACACAAUCGGAUGGAUUUCUUGACUGCAGUGGGGGAAAUCCAUGUGGCAGGCGCGAGUUUGCAUCUGCUCUUGGUCCUGAUCAUUUGCCACGCAGAGAUUAAUUGGAGGCAAAGAUGGCCCUCGGUGGCGGCUGCUGGCAGCCGGAGAAAGCCGAGGCUUCGUGCCCAGCCCCACUGGCACAACAUCUGUGGAUUCAUGUGUGGGCACAAAUGAACGCAGAGGCGAGGGAGAGAGGAAUAUUAGAGAUAGAUAUGCACGGGCAUAUUACAAACACUCAUUUCCCCUCUGUUUCCAAUAGGUCAUUCCCUUGGAGACAUUAGCACACUGUCUGUCUGUUCUGUUUCCCGUAUUGGAGAUGAGCAGCGUGCAACAGGAGCGAGAUGGGUUUCACAAGCAAUAUCAACAUACUCUACUACUAACCUUAAAUCUUUACACUGCAAAGCGCGUGCAAUAGAAUCUGCAUUUCAAAACAGCAGAGAGUAUGUGGGAUAAAAGACACGGGUUAACCCCAGGCUCUUACACGUAUUCCCAUCUGGUCCUUGUUGGGAGCACAUGUUGUUGGCACAAUGCACAGGGAGAGGGGGAGUAAGAGCAGAGAUAAGCGCUUCCCACCGAGGCAGAGGAACGAAAAGGCAGGAGGGGGCGGAGGGAAGCGAGGACAAGAUGCGUGCUCCAGGGAAUCAUAGAGCAUGGUGAUGGUUGUAUCCGUAGUAGGAGGAACAGGCAGCACCUUCAGCACUGGAGUCCCACAGAGCCGGGGAAGGAGACACAGAGCCUGGAUCCUAACGCUCCGCUCGGGGAGCAGGGUGGUUCUCUUGGGCUGGUUCUCCUUCCUCUUUGGGAUCAGUAACGUGCUCUGCAAGUGCCUGACAUUGCCAACAAGCCCACCGGGGCCAAGCGUGUCCGACGGGUGGAGUUACUGCUUUUACUGCUCGCUUUUGGGGGCUCCUGUGGCUGGGCUCUUGCUGAGCUGGGAGGCUUGCCCGGGAGUACAGGCAGAAGCUCAGAGGAGCACUCAGAUGUUGGUGGCCUGUAAGGUUUGCUGUGCCAUCCCAGCUUAUCCCGGUGGAUGCUUGUGUGUGCUUUCCACCGGAGCCUUGCUCCACACGCUACAUCGGCUGCCUUCCGCUCCAGGAACGAGCGAUGGGACUGUUGUGUGCAUUGAUGGGGCAGCUGCUCUUUUCCUUUGCAAAGGAAAGGGGUUGGUGGAGGCUGGAGGGGAUCAGAGGGGAAAGAAAGUGGCUUUCAAGAAGCCAUCUCACGCCUGCCUUUGCAGAGGGGUUUGUGUGGUUUCUAACAAGACUCUGCAGAUGGUCACCACUUGUACCGCCUUUGCUUUCCUGGGCCUGCCACUCUGAGGGCUGAGGUGCAGCAGGGGUCGGUGUCAACAGCUGUUGAAAGCUGUGCUUUGAAGCAGUGAAGUGCUGGAGUAAUUGCCUGGACUCUGGGAAAGCUGUCAGUGUGUGGAGCUGGGCCUCCAGAUAAUGGAGAUGGGAUCACUUUGGCUUUAUUCCUGCCUGUGCCUGUGUUCUCCACCACUAAAAGGGGUGGAUGACACCUCCCUACCUCAAAGGAGUGCGAGAGUUCUUGUGAUGAUCUGAUGCUGAUCGAUUCUGAUGGUGUCCAAAAGUGAGACAGGGAGAAAUUUGGGGUGAAGUGUAGUGUCUGGAAGGUUUGGAACCUACCUGACUCUAAACUUGAAUUUGCAAGUGCAAGGGUGCCUCUAAUGGUGCGUUUCAGGGCCAGGUACAGAGCAAAAAGCAUCCAUAUUUUUCCCAAGUUGAACAAUGUGGAAAAAAUCUGUUCUUUCAAAUCUCCCAUGCUGGAUAUUCCCAGCUUCCCUCCCUAAGCUAUUUCACCCUACUUCCUCUCAGAUACUUUUCCUGCUGUCCAGCACUUGUGUCCCUUGCUUCCAUCUAAUUCCAUUGCUUUUUGCCUUACAGGCCAUGCUCUCCAGAGGAGUUAUAAAAACAGUUUGGUUUCUUCCCUGCUGCAGCUCUUGCACGUAAUUAAAGGCUGUUGUCAGGUCUCUUCUGCAUCCUUUCCAAAGGAAAUACAGAACCUUCCACCAAGGGUAAUUUUUAGCCCUGAUCAUGUUCUUGUUGCUUUCUGAUGAGUCUGUUCAAACCCAAAUGUAGGGAAAGCACAAUAAGUGACAAUAUAAGCUCUCUGUGCCAGCAUGUUUGGAAAUACAGGUUUUCCCUUAUGUUCCUAAAUUUCCCAGGAUUGUGUGUGAAGAGUCACGGAAAUACUGGCAUGAGCUUUCCCACAGUAACAUUUUCAGCGCGAGGAGAUCUGAGAGUUCUGUGUAUGUCCAAGGAGAGAGAAGCUCCUGCUGUCCCACAGCGUCACCGCUGCACAUGAUAUAUGAUGUAUAUUCAUCCCAGCAGCUUCCAGAAGGCCACAUGUGUCAGGCAGCUAUUUCUUCCCUCCUCUUCCUAGGGAGAAGGCUGGGUGUGCCAAUGCAGGCCUGGUAUUUUGAACAUGAAUCAAUUAUCCCUGCUGCUCCAUGUCCAAGGGGGAUCUGGAGCACGGCGUGUUUGCAGCACGAGAGCAAACCUCAGGGCUCACAGGGAGCAGGGUUUGGCAUCGCUCCCAACACUUCCCUUGGCAACUGGUGCUGAGCAGGAGCUGCUUUGUCUCUGGAAGUUCCCCCUGGACCUGUGGCUGUUUUGCAGAUUGUCAUUUUUGCUUUGGGCACGGAGGAGGUUGCUGUGCUGCUGCCUGGUUGGGAAGUACCUGAUGGAAAAAAAGAGUCUCUCCCCAGAAAGCUGGCAGGGGAAUCUUAAGGCCACAGACCUUAGGCUUGGGGAGAGAGGUGAUGGAACAGUGCUCUGGACUAAAUGCAGCUCAGUGUGCAGUCAACAGGCAGAUGUGUUUUCUGUUUGGGUUGUCUUCACCACAGCUCCUUGUUCUUUCCUCCUAGAUGUUAGAACACUCCUGAGAUUUCUAUAGGGCUGCCUAGAACAGGAAUCUGUCAGGGAACUGAGCUGCCUCCAAGGACAAUUUCUGUCCUGAGACUCCAAUAAACACGGCAAAGUGUUUGAGAAGUGGAGCAUUGUUCUGGUGGCACUUUGAAAAGAGUUUUUCUCGGGUAGAUGUCACAGCAGGAGUGAGCAGAGGCUACUGACAGCCAAGAACAGAGGGCAAGGGUUUGAUCUAGUUCUUGGCAGUAGCAUUUAUCCUAGAUUCAACAACUCAAUUUAUGUGCACAUUCCUGUACAGUAAAUCACAAAGUUAUUAAUUUAAGCAUUUUUAAUAAUCUCCCCCAUCCUGGUAAAAUUAGGGAAAAAGUUUUUUGGCUGAAAUGUUUACCUGUAAGCUGAGAAUAGGCACUGUGUUUCACAAGGUGAACCAAACUUCCAUGCCUCUUGCCUCCGAGCAUAUCCUUUAAGCUGACAUUAUAUUUCUUGCUCCAUCUGGCUGCAAAACAUCAAGGUCACCAAAGCAGCACAGGCAGAAACCCCUGUAGGUGUUUAUAUGGCUGAGUGCAUAGGGACAUUCUCCUCUCACUUUGCUGGCAGGGCCUGAUCCUGCUUGUGUUGUUCCUUCUCCCCAUUGGAUCACCAAGUUCAUGUCUUGUGCAUGACCUGGCUUGAGGGCCCUACGUCUCUUUUUUUUUUUCUUACAAGUUCAGCAUCUUUUUCUUAAGCUUGCGUUGUGAAUCCCUCUGGAAAUGUUGUGCAAAGCCCGAAUGUGCCUUGGUUCCCUCCCUCACUGCGCAUUUGCUAACUGCUGCAGCCAAUGUAGGACAAAAAGGUGUGGAGCUGGUUAUAUUUUCCCCAGACAGUCGUUUUGCUCCCUGUCUGUUUUGGUGUGUUUUGGCCCCAGCCAUGCCAGGGAUCCUGCCCGCAGCUCUCACGUGCUUCUGCAGCUGUUGCGUGGGUGAUGGGGCUCUGGCAGACGUGUCCUCUCGGCUGGGGCAGAUUCUUGGGGUGAGGCUGCAGCAAAGCAGGAGUUAUUUAACCCUGCAGUCGGCCAUCCCUCAGGGAUGGCUGCCCUGUGGAGUGGGCUGCACGAAGCAGUUCCCUGGGGCAGAUCUGGUGCUGUGCUGGUGGCGGGCUCGCUGCUGCCUCCGAGCAGCCGGCGCGCACUAUCUUGCUUGUAGGCACUGUCUGACAGCUUCCCCAGGGAUGAGCUUUGCUGCAUCUGCUGCAAGUGCUGCUCUGAGCACAGCCUCUUCCUUCCCACCACAGCUCAGUGGCAUGCCUGGAUCCUUUGUUAUGUGUAACCUCAAUUUGGUUUCUUUGAGCAGUGCCAGGAUUUCAUUCUCCCCGGGACAUUUAAAUGGGGUGCAGAGUAAUUAGAGUCGCUUUUCUCUGCAUGUGUAAUAGCAAAUGCUUCCAAAUCAGUUUGGGAAUCGACCCAGGGGUUUGAUGUGGGUUUGUAAAUUCAGGCACGUGGGAGGAGUGUGCCCACAGCAAAGCAUGAAGAUGUGGAGAUAAGAGCUGUGCCUCUGCCAAGCUGCUGUCUACUCUCUUACAGUCCUGACUCCGGUUGCUGCAGUGGGAGCCACCAGGACCAGGGACCACCAGAGCCUGCCCAUGGGAGCUGGGUCAAAGUGGCAGCAGACACCUGAGCUAGGCAAGGGAUCGCCACCCACAGGUAUUGUGUAUCCCGUUACA